AUGGGUGAGUUGGAGAACUUAGAGAGUCAGAGAGAUUUUAGGCUUUGUAGGCAUAUUAAGUGUGAGGUGGUUGAUGUGGCAAUACGGAAGACGAGCAGGGGUAAGGCGACUGAGCCUGAUGAGAUCCCGGUGGAACAUUGGAAAGUAGUGGGUUUGGAGAGGAUGGUGGAGAAGAGAGUGAGGACAAAUGUAUCUAUCUCUGAGAACCAGUUCGGAUUUAUGCCAGGGCAGUCAACUACAGAAGCCAUUCACCUUGUGAGACGAUUAGUGGGGCAAUAUAGGGAGAGGAAAAAUGACUUACACAUGGUGUUCAUUGACCUUGAGAAUACUUAUGACAAAGUCCCGAUGGAGGUACUAUAG